AUGUUGAAGAAGAAGCGAAGGAUACUGCUCGGAGUGAUCGUUUGGGCUGCUGGUAUAUUUUUGUACAGAUAUAGUAGUUUAGAAAAGGGUAAGGAUUUAACCAGCAUUGAUGUGCGAGAAGCUCUUUCUCACCUGAACUGGGUACGCUAUGUCACAGCCGGGCAAGACUCCUCAGACCUGGCUGAUCCAUUCAGCAGACACGCCUUCAAUGUGAUCACCAGUAAUAAGCUUUUGCCCGACCGACACAUCCCGGAUGUCAGGUCAUCCAACUGUCACAGGGUGGUGUACCCAGACUCUCUUCCUCAAACCAGUGUGAUUAUCACCUUCUAUAAUGAGGCCAGGUCAGCACUGCUGCGAACAGUCGUCAGUGUACUGAAGCGCAGUCCUUAUAAACUUCUUAAAGAGAUCAUCCUCGUUGAUGACUGCAGCACAAAUGAGUAUGAUGGCUCACUGCUCACAGUCUUCCCUAAGGUCAGGCUGGUUAGGAACAUCCAGAGAGAAGGUCUGAUCCGUGCCCGUGUGAAGGGAGCGGAGGUGGCCACGGGGAGGGUCCUGACUUUCCUGGACAGUCACUGUGAGGUCAACAAAGGCUGGCUGGAACCCCUGCUUCACCGACUCACUCAGAAUCCCAAAGCUGUGGUGAGCCCUGUGAUAGAUGUGAUAGAUGCUGGAAGCCUGAGCUACAUAGCAGCUGCCAGUCAUCUCCGUGGAGGUUUUGACUGGAGCUUACACUUCAAAUGGGAAGCGAUGCCAGAAAGAGAGAAGAAUGCUAGAAAGUCGCCCACAGAACCCGUCAGAACUCCUGUGAUUGCUGGUGGACUGUUUAGCAUCUACAAGGACUGGUUCAUCACCCUAGGGCAGUAUGACACACAGAUGGAGAUAUGGGGAGGGGAAAACUUGGAGUUGUCUUUCCGGACUUGGUUGUGUGGAGGGAACAUGGAGAUCUUACCAUGCAGUCACGUGGGUCAUGUUUUCAGAAAGAGGCAUCCCUACUCCUUCCCCCAGGGUAAUGCCAAUACUUACAUCAGAAACACACGCAGGACAGCAGAAGUCUGGAUGGAUGAUUACAAGAAGUUCUAUUUCAGCUCCAGGAGAGGGGCUCGCUUUGGCCAGUUUGGAAACAUCACAGAGAGGCUAGAGCUGAAGAAGAGGCUUGGCUGUAAACCAUUCAAAUGGUACCUGGAGAAUGUUUACCCUGAGUUGACACCACCAAUUUUAGAAGAGGCAGCCUCUGGUCAGAUCCGUCAAGGUCACAUGUGUCUGGACACGGAACUUAGUAAACCUCCUCAGCUAAUAAGACUGAAACCCUGUGAUUCAAUCAGCAAUACGCAGGAAUGGUCCUUCAAGACGUCUGGCUUUAUUCUGAAUAAGGGGAUGUGUUUGACAGCUGAUGAAGAAAAUACUGAUGGAUAUGUACAGCUGGAUUUCUGUCAUUACGAUGAAACACAGAAGUGGUACAGGAUAGGUAAGGCUCUGAUCCAUGUUGCUUCAAACAUGUGUAUGGACAGCCACAAGAGUGAGGUGUCCAUUGUGCUGGCCAAGUGUGAUGACCUGGACUAUGACACCCAGCACUGGGAGUUCACAGAGGAGGAUGUAUCCUCACCUAAACCGGGAGGAGAGUGACUCAGGGGAAGUAACUACGUUCACGGAGGACUGCAUCCUUUACAAAAACGUGCAACUACAUGUACGUUGUGUUCUGCUUACAAAAUGUUCACCCUUGAAUUUUUUUUAUCUGCACAGUUUAUAGUCUACUUGAGUGAUGCUUCCAUUGCACAGCUGUCAAGAUUAUAUCAAUUUAUAUCAUUAUCUUCAAAGAAAGGUAUGAGAAAUGUGGUGGUAAAGACAUACAUAAACGAGAUUGUACCAGGUAAGCCCCGUUUGUAUCGAAAUAUUGUGAUGCAUAUUGCAGCUGUGAAAUCUGUACAUCUUCUGGUAUUCAGAGUAUUAAUCUGGCAAAGCUUUCUUCUGCCAGAACAUUUAUACAAAUUACUUGUCUUCUGUGAAUUUAGGAUUAAGUGUGAGCGAUUCAGAAUCUCCAUGUGUGGCCUUUGUAUAUAUCAAAGUUUUCCUUUGUAUAUAUCCAAAUCUUGUCAUGUUUUUGUGUUAAACUGGACUACAUUUACCACUUUUAUUCUGAAAACGGCAUUUGGACUUGUUGGGCUCUUUAAUUUAUGGCACAGAAAACUCCCAAAGGAAUAUUUUUGGGGGAAGAACAGGGAGACUACUUGCAACUUUGAUAUGGAGAGAGCAAUCUCACAUGGUCACAAUGUCAUAUACAUUUUCCUCCCCUUUCUCACUAAUACAUGUUAAAACUGUUACUUUGUCUGUUACUUUGUACAUGCACAAUUUAUGAUCUAGUUACACCAUGAAGGAAAUUGAUGGAUUGUCCAGUUUUCCGUCUUGUUACUAUUUGUUAUGUUUUUAUGAAGAUAUCAUUGUUUACAUACUAGUUUCAGAGUCUAGUGACCACCGAGUGCUGCUUUUAGCAAACACCAUUGUAUUGUUAUUUGUUAUUCUAGCAUCUUAUAGCCCAUUUGUAUACAUAUUACAGCAUAUGCUUUAUCCUAUCAUAUCAUGUUUUCUUUUUACAUUGUUUCUGAAGAGCACAUUGUUUCAACCAAAGGCAUGUCUUUUAAUCAAUAUUUACGGCACAUUAUGUGUAACUUUAUGUUACAUUGUAUAUACUUACUCUAUUUUUAUGUAUACAUCGAUUUUUUUUCUCAUAUAUUUAAGGUAAAUAAUGUUCCACAUGUAUGUGAGACCCAACUGCAUGGCUUGUUGUUUUAUACUAUACAUGUAAAUAUUUAUAUUCAUGACAAUAACUCCCAAAAAGAAGUGUAUAAAACCCGUCCUUUAAGAAACUUGUGGGUUUUUUUGGUGGGUGUUCUUUGUAUUGAUAUGUAUCUGGUUUUAUCUCUGUGGAGAAGUCUAGUCUGAAUGACUCUUUGUCAAAGCAUAUUAUUUUUAUCUAGUCAUGAAAUAGUCCACUGUAGUCCAACUUUUAUAUUUAUCUUUCUUUUUGGAAUUCUGUUUGCCAACAUUUAGAGUUUAAGAUAGAUAUGCGAUAUUGUGUUAUACUGAAGUGCUUUUGGAUGUUUAAACCAUGGCACCGUAACACACAACAGUGCCAAACAUG